AAUGAAGUUGAAAUUUAAUUUUAUCCGUGAUCAACUAAAAGAUGUGGAAUUCCGUAUGAACAAAGAAUUAAUACAUAUCAUAUUUAAGGCCGUAAAAAAGGACGGAAGAUCAUUAUUUCAAAAAUUUCUUGAUAGUAAAUACUUUAAAGCCAUUGCCCUUGCUGUCACGUCUUAUAUCGCUAUAAGAAUUACUGUGAAUAUCAAUAAAAGAGUUAAACUUGCGGGUAAAAGAAAACGUAAGAGAGCUAAAUUAUCUUAUGAUAUCAACAAUCUUGAAAAACAAUUAAAUUUUCUAUUGGAUCAACAAUCUGGAUUAAAAGACCGUCUGGAAGAAAUAAGACUUUUACCACCUACGGAACUAAUAAAUGAAAUGAAAACUGGAACUAUUCAACCAACUGAAGCCCUCAUAGCAUAUCAAUUAGCUGCUAUAGAAACACAUAAAAAUUAUAAUGUAUUAACUGAUAUUUUGGAUGCUGCUGAGAAAUAUGCUCAAGAACUCACUUCUAUGCCAAUUAACGAACGAAAAGAGUCAGGUGGCAAAUUAUUUGGUCUACCAAUAAGUCUAUCUGAACACUUUACUAUUAAAGAAUAUGACUCUACACUCGGACUAGCAGAUUUGUUAGAAAAUCCAUCAGAAUCCAAUUGUUCCCUUGUAGAACUUCUUAUUAAAGAAGGCGCCGUACCAUUUGUAAAAACUAAUGUUUCGCAAUUGUUAAUGAGUAUUGUAUCAGACAAUCCCAUUUAUGGAUCAACCGAGAAUCCUAUGCGAAAAAAUUUCGUUUGCGGAGCAGAGUCUUGUUUAGUAUCAAGCAAUGCAUCACCGAUUGGUAUUGUUACUGGAUUCGGUUGCCAUUCAAAUGUAUCAGCUCAUUUCUCUGGUUUAUAUGGUUUGAAAUUUUCAUCAUCCAGAUGCCCUAUGAAAGGACUUUCCUCCUACGGACGAGGUCAAAUAUUCUCACCUUUGUCGGCUUGUAUUGUCGGGAGAGAUUUCAAUACCAUUUUAAAUUCCAGUCAAGCUAUUAUUGGUUCUGCUUCGCACUUAAACGAUUAUUCGUGUCCACCCAUUCAAUUUAAGCAUGAGGUUGUAACCAGUGAAGAAAAGCUCACUAUUGGAUAUUAUACUUACGAUGGAUUAUCUGUGGCUGACCCAGCAACUGAAAGAGCUAUACUCCAAGUGAAAAAACUCUUAGAAGACAGAGGUCAUAAAUUGGUUUCAUUUAAUCCUUAUAGAAUUGAUGAAGCGGCUAUAGAUUUGGAGUUAUUAGCAAUUUCAGGAGAUGGUGGUUCCCGUUUGCGCAAGCUACUAUCUGGAGAAAGUGUAUCCAUGUAUAAUAUGUCUGCCUAUUUCGCUGCUUUUAUGCCGCAAUUCAUUAAGAAAGCAGUAUAUCAAUUCUUUUACUGCCUAGGAAGGAAAUACGAAAGUCGAGUAAUGAAAGUUCUCCAAGGCUGCGAGGAUAUUGAAAGCUAUAUUUGUAGAAGUGAAGAAGUUAAGAUAUUCAGAGAGAAAUUUCAAAGUUAUUUUCAAUCCAAAAAUCUGGAUUGUUGCAUAUGUCCUACGUUUGCCUCUCCUGCACUCCCUCGCAAAUAUAUUAGAGAUAUGUCAUAUGUCAACAGUUUCUCAGCUCUCUAUAGUGUAUUAGAUUGGCCAGCAGGCGUGGUACCAGUUACUAAAGUUAAUGAAAAAGACAUUGCCGAAUUGAGCGAUAAUCCCCCGUCACCAACUUUUCAUAUAGCAUCGAAAAAACGAUUACGAAAGGCAUUAAAAGAAACGAAUGAAUUGCCGAUAUGCAUUCAAUGUGUAGCUCCAAAGUACGAAGACGAAGUUGUAUUACGAUUGAUGAAAGAGAUUGAUGCAGGUUUAAAACUUGGCGCAUAUACCAAUGAGCAGAGAAUAGAUAGUUAA